AUGAAGAGUAUGGUACCCAAGGACACCAUUGCUCGUGUUUUUCAAACUUGUUCUUUCAACCACGACUCCACAAGAAUCACGGAGUCUACGUUAACAGUUAUCGAAGAAUACCUUGAAGUGUUUGUUCGCGAAGCUGUGCUACGAUCUGUGGAAAACAAAGAUCGUGUGAAAGAGGAAGAUUCCAAUCGUCUAAACAAUGAGCUAGUUCUGACUCACAAAGAUCUGGAGAGUGUCUCCGGACUUCUGCUGCUAGAUAUGUGA